AUGGGUGAUGAAGUAAGGUGUCGCGCCUUCCCCGUGACCUUAGCUGGACCAGCAAUUCACUGGUUCAAUGCUCUCCCUCAGGGUUCUGUAACCACCUUUUCCGACAUCAGUCGCACCUUUCUAGCUCAGUUCACCACACGCAUCACUAAAGCGAAGCACCCGAUCCACCUGCUCGGGGUGACAGAGAGAAAUGGCGAGCCGACCAGGAAGUACCUGGAUAGGUUCAAUGACGAGUGCUUGGAGAUCGACGGCCUAACCGACUCGGUGGCCAGCUUGUGCUUGACGAACGGGUUGUUGAACGAGGAUUUCAGAAAACAUCUCACCACCAAGCCCGUGUAG